AAUUAAUACACAAACACCCUAGUCAACUCAAACAAUCAUCUUAUGUUUGUUUUCAUCUUUUCCCCUCCUUUUUCUUCGCGCUUCCGCUUUGUUGACCGGCCCACUUAAUAUUAAUCAUUGCCACCACGACGAUGGAAAACAACUUCUCCACCGACAACCCAAUAAUCAAAAGAGGUCUUCCAAACGCAGUGGUCUAUGACCUGUCCGAGGAAGGCCAGGUCACCAUCACACUCCCCGUCGGCUCAACCUGGACCAGCGGGCUCCACUGGCACGAGGACCACGUCGAGUACCUCCGCGUCCUCAAGGGCAGCGUGCGCGUCACCAUCGGCGAUCAAACCCUCACCAUCUCAGCAGAGGGAGAAGGAGACGGCGAUGAGGUGGCACAAGUCAAAGUCGACCGCAACGUCUGGCACGAGUGGGGCCGCGCCGACACUUAUGCGGACCAAGAGGUCGUGGUGGUCGAGAGGACGGAGCCAGAGGACGGGCUCAAGGCGGUCUUCUUCUGGAACCUGAACGGGGUGAUCCUUCGAGGCGCGGGGUUUGUCUGUCCGCCGUACAUGUCGGCGUGGGUGCAUGGUGUGCUGGUGGACGCGUGGGUGACCCUGGGCCUGUUUGUGGUCUUUCGCGAACUGGAUAAUUUUCCGGUGUUUCUGGAUGUCCCUCGGGCCUUCUCGACGAGGGGGUUUCCUUUUGCUAGGGGCACUUUGGGCUACGGCUUGCUCUGGGGGGUGGACUGGUUUGUCUCGCACUUUGUGCUUUUGAUCGCUUAUCUGGUGGCGUUUGUAUUCGGUAUUCCGUCUGUUCGGGCAGAAUUCACACCGAGAACGGUGCAGGACAGGUGGAAGAUGACAUGGCAUGGGCGUGGAAAGGAGUCCAAGACAGCAUGA